AUGUCGAGGCAAGAAACAAUUAUAAUUCCAUCGAAAACAGAUAUUGGCGCUCUUGGAAACAGGAUCAAUUCGGAAACAAGAAAAUGCCACGAGAGAAUCAACAAAGAGAUGGCAAUAAAGUUUCCAGUUGCAAUAUAUGAGCCUAAAGUGUACAGACAGGGAAUUCAAAUGUUUUACCAUAUUUUCAAGGCAAUAGAAGACAGCCUAAGUGAAGAAAUUAACAAAAACACACACUAUUCGGAUAUGCUUCGAAAAAUAUGGAGGCCAGAACUCUCUAGAACUGGAAGACUCCAUAAGGAUUUGAUGCUUUUCUAUGGUGGCAGACCUGCAAAGUUCGAGUCGCCAAUAUUAAAGAAGCAGAUUCAAAGCACAGAACAUAUUAAGCAGAUCGCAAUUGAGAGGCCAUAUCUCCUUCUUGCCUACAUGCAUGUUCUCUAUUUGGCAUUAUUCGCGGGUGGACAGUUCAUGUAUCCCAAAGUUGCCCAAUCAAAAAAGCUAUUCCCAGGUGCUAGCAGCAAAAAUUUCGAAGCAGCUUCUUCAGAUGGAACAAACUUCUUCAGAUUCGAUGUUGAAAACCCCCAGAAACUCAGGGCUGCCUACAAGCAGGACUACGAGUUGCAAACAAGGAAUUUCCUAAGCGAGCAAGAAAAAGAGGAAGUUAUUGAAGAGUCCAAAGUAGCUUUUGACAUGAUUUGUGAUGGUAUUAAUGAGAUCGAGUCGCACAAUUUGAAUGUGCUUCGCCAAAAAGCAGGAUUCAGGACGUAUAUCAAAAGCAAUUUCCUCGUCAUACUUCUUGCAACAUUAAUUGUAUACUGUAUUGUGAGAGUGAUUGUUUUUCGCACACCUCUAUAUUGA